AUGUACGCAACAAGUUCAACAAUAUCAGAUACAGAUGCUGCUCUUUUAGAGCGCAUCCGCCAGCAUCUUCUUAACGACGAUGACUUCGAAAACCUAGCGAGAGCCGCCGAAAACAUUCGAUUCCAUUGCCCAGAUUCAAGCUUCGACACAACUUGGUCGCCGGAGACAACAAUGUCCUUUGAAGCGAAUGAUUACGACGGCGUGGACAUCUAUCAUGACCCCCCGAAAGACACCGUCAGGUUUGAAUCGCCCAGCUCGUCGAAUGAGCAAUCGGUCGUGGAUUACAGAGAUGUCGAACCGAAUGAGGCACUGCUCGAAGGGCCUCACUACCGGGGAGUGAGGAGACGGCCAUGGGGGAAAUAUGCAGCGGAGAUCCGGGACCCGAAGAAGAACGGCGCAAGGAGGUGGCUUGGGACCUACGAGACGCCACAGGAGGCUGCGCUGGCUUACGACCGGGCCGCGUUCGCGAUGCGCGGGGCCAAGGCCCGGCUGAAUUUCCCUCACUUGAUCGGUUGCGAUGAGGUGGAGCCGGUCAGGGUGACUCGGAAGCGGCACCGCUCGCCUGAGGCUGAGAGCGGGUCGCCGGAUCCGAAGUGGAGAAAGGAGGAUUGGACUGGCUUAGCCGGCGACCCCCACGAGCUUAAUGGCUAUGUGCUGCCGUUUCAAUAG